AUGGCCGCCGCAGCAGAGGAGGAACCGUCGUAUAUCGACUACGAGACCUUUCUGGACCCAGGCUUCACGCCGUCAGCCUUCGCAAACACCCUCGUCCUCUCUACGAACAAUCCCAAUGACACCCCGCUAGACCUGUCGACACCGCUGUCCAAGGUGCUGUUCGACGCGCAGGAGAUCGACUCACAUAUUGAUCUGCUCACCACAAGGUCUUCGGUGCCCCUUCUCACCCAUACCAAGGAGCAGACCGACGCAAGCACACGGAUUAUAUCCGAGAUCGAUGGCCAAGUCAAGAGCCUGAACGAGAGCUACAAGCAGCUGGAGAAGGAGGUCAUACAGAAACACGCCGAGGCUGAUGAGGUGCGGCAGGUUGCUUCUCGCCUGUGGGAGACCCUGAAGCUCGGGAGGGCCGUCGGCCGCAGUCUGCAGCUGGGCAGACAGUUAGAAGUUCAGCACUCCGAGAUCUCGAGCUCCGGCCCGGCCGCCGCAGGCCGCAAAGAGGACCAUAGGGCGUUGGUGAGAUGUGCUCAUACGAUACUGUCCUUGCGCGAGAUCCUAGAUCACAAAGAGCCUGGCGAAGAGGGACACGGCCUCGACAGAGUGAACGCCAUCAAGAGCUUGCAGGACAGCGUGAUUGCCCCCAUCGAGCGUUCAGUUAGGAGCACCGCCGAGCAGAUAAUACGAGAGUUCGCCAUUGGCUCGGCGACCGGCACGGCUACAUUUGCUCAGAGCGAGGAGAUCAAAGCCCGGACCGUCUCGGCCAUGUUCACGCUCUAUCUAAUCUCACCAACUUCGGGAGUUAAGGCGGACAAAUGGACGCCGCAACUCCUCCUCCAAGCACUGGAGACAUACUUGCGCAAUGCGUUACAAAGCUCCAUAACUUCGCUGGCUAGGUCCCUGGGAACACUGCCUUCGCUGGACCGCACGCUAGCCGAGGUUGCUGCGCGCUGUCAGAACCUCGUUGCGCUGGAGAUCAUCCUCGACUCCACCAAAGCACCAGCUCAUCCACUCUACUCUCAUGUGAAGCACGGUGCUGAGAAGUCCAACUUGCUUCAACCCCUACUUGCCUACCUGGAAACCGGCUCCUUGCCGUCAUAUUUCUGGCGUUCCAUGGCAAGCAGCCUCUCCACUCGGGUUGUGGAGAUUGUUAAUCGCGGAGGAGUGUCUGCUCGUACGCUCAAGACGAAUCGUAGCUCUGUGGGCGACGCCAUUAGGGAAUGCGUUAUAAAGGGAAGCCAACCGCCGAGUACUGUCGCGGUAGCGAAGGGCAAAGGUCUAAGACCCGAAUCGGAGAAAAGCAGCUGGGACCGCGAGGUAGCUGUUAUGGUUGGUAGCGUCGUAGGAAAUCUUGGCCGGUAA